GUUUCCUUUAAUUACAAUAUAAUUAAAAUUAGUAUUUAUUCUUAAAAUAAAAAUUAUUUAUUAAUAUAUAGAGUAAUAUUGUAUCUAAUGCAGAAAAUAAAUAAGAUCUAAAUUUCCCCAGCUAUGAGUUCCAAUUACGUUUCAGAAUAACUCAAAAUAGAUUUUCCUCUCCCCUAUCAACAGAUCCCGCAAAUCAUCUCAACACCAAACUUGACGUUCGGAGCGUGUGUAGCGUGUGUAGCAAUAUUUUUUACCGGCAAAUCGACUAUAAAAAGAUCUUCUCUGCUCAUUUGACAUUCAGUCUUUUCAUUUCUGUGUGUCUCACAUUGUUCUCUGUUGUUCAGCGGGUCCAACGUAAUAUUACCAAAGAUGUCUUACAAAAUUGAACCAUUGCCCAACUCUUAUGCCCACCUCGGUGAAGGUCCCCACUGGGAUAUUGAAACGCAGAGUCUCUACUAUGUUGAUAUUGAAGCUGGCAAAAUUCUGCGCUACGACUACCAGGAGGAUAAGGUGUACCAUAGCAAAGUUCAAGAUGUCGAACUCGCCUCCUUCAUUGUGCCGGUCGAGGGACAAAGUGACAAAUUUGUUGUUGGAGAUGGUCGUCGUGUCCUCGUCGUCACAUGGGAUGGUGUUUCGCCGACAAGCAAGGUAGACCGUGUACUCUUCGAAGUUCAACAAGACGAGCAGUAUAUUGUUAAUCGUUUUAACGAUGGCAAAGCUGAUCCACGUGGACGUCUUUUUGCCGGCACAAUGCGUUAUGUCGGCGAUGAGUUCAAAGAUCGCUGGGGUGAAUUAUACAAGUAUGAAAAGGGUGGCAAGGUGUCGGUAGUGAAGACGGAUGUCGGCAUCUCCAAUGGUUUGGCAUGGAACGAGAAGACAAAUAAGUUCUAUUAUAUAGAUACAACUGAUUAUGAAGUGAAGGAAUAUGAUUAUGACUUUGAUGCUGGUGUACCAACUAAACCGAAGGUCGUUUUCAAUUUGCGUCGACCAAAUCCAAAGGACAAUGUAUUGCCUGAUGGUUUGACCAUAGACAGCGAUGGUAAUCUCUAUGUGGCCACCUUCAAUGGACACACCGUAUACAAGGUCAACCCAAGCACCGGCAAAGUGCUCUUGGAAAUUAAGUUGCCUACCAAGCAAAUAACGUCUGCGGCCUGGGGUGGUCCCAAUCUCGAUAUCUUAUAUGUAACAACAUCAGCCAAAUUUGAUCAACCAGCACCGGCUGGCACCACUUACAAAAUCACCGGCUUGGGCGCCAAGGGGUUGCCUAUGACAAAGGUUCAACUAUAAUCAUACACAGUUAUAUUAUGUGAACAUUUUUUAUACGUUUUCAUAUUAAAUUUUUCCAUAAAAAGUA